UGCACGCUCUGCUUACUAGUAUGGGGCGGCAGGCCUCCAUUAUCAAUCUGGACCCAGCUGGAGAGGAGGAACCCGGGGCAGCUGUCAGUCUGCGUGAGCUGCUGGGACUCGGGGAGGUGAUGUCAGAACUGCGUCUGGGGCCCAAUGGGGCCCUGCUCUACUGCAUGGAGUACCUACAGAGUAAUUUAGAUUGGCUGCGAGCCAAGCUGGAAAGCCUGCGGGGGACGUACUUCUUGUUUGAUUGCCCAGGGCAGGUGGAGCUGUACACACAUCACCCGGCUCUACCACAGAUACUACGCUACCUUGGGGAAUGAGGGCUUCGGCUGUGUGCCGUACAUCUUGUGGACUCCCAUUAUUGCACAGACCCGGCUAAGUACAUCUCUGUGCUGUGUACUUCACUAGGCACCAUGCUCCAUAUCGAGCUACCACACAUCAACAUCCUGUCCAAGAUGGACCUUAUUGAGCAAUAUGGUCGAUUGGCAUUUAAUAUGGACUACUACACUGAGGUUAUGGACCUUUCCUACCUGGUCGAUCACCUGACCGCAGACCCUUUCUUCAAACGGCACCGGCGACUUCAUGAGAAGCUGGCUGAGGUAAUUGAGGAUUAUGGGCUAGUGACUUUCAUACCACUCAGCAUCAAGGAUGAGCAGAGCGUGCGGAAAGUCCUAGCUGGUGGGUUUUGCUUUGGGGAGGAUCAAAGAUCUCUCGGGAACCUCAUGUCUGUUGCAGUGGGAGCUGACUUUCACUUCACAUCGACUCUGGCAUUCCAAGAAAAAUAUGUGGAACAAGAAAAGCGCACAGUGGAGGAGCAGACUCUAGAUCUGUGAUGCUCUUGAUCUAAAGGAAUCUUGCAGCUUUAGAGACUAAACCAGAGAUUUGCACAGGAUGAAAAAGUGGCCGUGCCCCGAAGUUUAGACAACUUUCUUUAUUGUAACGUGGCCAAUAUGUUAUUUUUGUACUGAAUUUCAAUAAAUAUGGACACUUGAGGAAGGUUUAUCGUUAAACAAAAGAA